AUGGCCGACUUACUCGAUACCCGGACUCGCAUGAGGGUCAACCCCCAGCCAGAAUAUGGGACAAUCAACAAGAUCAACGGACCGCUGGUCGUCCUCGAGAAUGUCAAAUUCCCUAGGUUCAAUGAAAUUGUCACCUUAACAUUGGCGGACGGCACAGAGCGCAGUGGCCAGGUUCUGGAAGCCAGAGGAAACCGAGCUGUUGUGCAGGUGUUUGAAGGAACCCCUGGUAUCGAUGUGAAGAGGACCAAAGUCAAAUUCAGCGGCCACAGCAUGAAGCUCGGUGUGUCCGAGGAUAUGCUGGGUCGAGUUUUCGACGGUUCUGGGCGCGCUAUCGACAAGGGUCCCAAGGUAUUGGCAGAGGACUACCUCGAUAUCAAUGGCCAGCCUAUCAACCCUUACUCCCGAGUGUAUCCCGAGGAAAUGAUUUCAACCGGUAUCUCCGCUAUUGAUACAAUGAACUCUAUCGCCCGUGGACAGAAGAUUCCCAUCUUCUCCGCUGCUGGUCUGCCCCAUAACGAAAUUGCCGCGCAGAUUUGUCGACAAGCCAGUUUGGCUAAGCCCACAAAGGAUGUCCACGAUGGCCACGAGGAGAACUUCUCUAUCGUCUUCGCCGCUAUGGGUGUUAACAUGGAGACUGCCCGUUUCUUCACUCGCGACUUCGAGGAGAACGGAAGUAUGGAGCGUACCACUCUUUUCCUCAACUUGGCCAACGACCCUACAAUUGAGCGCAUUAUUACUCCUCGUCUAGCUUUGACCACCGCCGAAUACUACGCCUAUCAGCUCGAGAAGCACGUCCUCGUUAUCAUGACUGACUUAUCCGCCUACUGUGAUGCCCUCCGUGAGGUUUCUGCCGCCAGAGAAGAAGUGCCCGGUCGUCGUGGUUACCCUGGUUACAUGUACACAGAUUUGUCUACGCUCUACGAGCGUGCUGGACGAGUGCAGGGACGUAACGGUUCCAUCACACAGAUUCCUAUUCUGACCAUGCCUAACGAUGAUAUCACUCAUCCCAUUCCUGAUCUUACUGGAUAUAUUACAGAGGGACAAAUCUUCAUUGAUCGUCAACUCGACAACCGCGGUAUUUACCCACCAAUUAACGUCCUGCCAUCGCUCUCCCGGUUGAUGAAAUCCGCUAUCGGCGAGGGUCGCACCCGCAAGGACCAUUCCGACGUCUCUAACCAGCUGUACGCCAAAUACGCCAUUGGUCGUGACGCCGCUGCCAUGAAAGCCGUCGUCGGAGAAGAGGCCCUGUCUUCAGAGGACAAGCUCUCUCUCGAAUUCCUGGAGAAAUUCGAACGCACCUUCAUCAGCCAGUCGCCCUACGAGUCCCGCACGAUCCAAGAGUCCCUUGACAUCGCCUGGAACCUACUCCGCGUCUACCCCAAGGAACUGCUUAACCGUGUGCCUAAGCGCACUCUGGAUGAGUUCUACGCUCGCCAAGGCCGCAAGAUCCCUAACAAGGAUACGCGCGAUGGAGAGAACCUCAUCGAUGCAUGA